UUUUUUUGUUAAAUAUUUACUUAUUUUAGGAUUACAUUGCAGUGAAAGAAAAGAAUGCUAAAUAUUUGCCUCACUCUGCUGGUCGUUAUGCUGCUAAAAGAUUCAGGAAGGCACAGUGUCCAAUUGUGGAACGUUUAACAAAUUCACUUAUGAUGCAUGGUCGUAACAAUGGAAAGAAAUUAAUGGCAGUCCGCAUUGUUAAACACGCUUUUGAAAUUAUCCAUUUAUUAACUGGAGAAAACCCACUUCAGAUUUUGGUAACUGCCAUUAUUAAUUCUGGACCACGUGAAGAUUCGACGCGUAUUGGUCGUGCUGGUACUGUAAGAAGACAAGCUGUGGAUGUGUCACCUUUAAGGCGUGUUAACCAAGCCAUCUGGUUGCUUUGUACUGGUGCCCGUGAAGCUGCAUUCCGUAAUAUUAAAACGAUAGCUGAAUGUUUAGCUGAUGAACUUAUCAAUGCGGCAAAGGGAUCUUCAAACUCUUAUGCUAUUAAAAAGAAGGACGAAUUGGAACGUGUAGCGAAAUCUAAUCGUUAAAAAGUGUAUUUAUAUGGUGUUCCUUUACAUUGUAUGUAAUGGAAUAAAAAAUAAAAAUGUAAA